CACACUCCACAGCCUGUGCUGCAUCAGGACGGACACACGGACGAGGGAUACUCUAGUGGAGAAGAAGAUAGUUGUGCCAAUAUGUUAAAAUGUUGUGCAUUGGACUUCUCCCUGCAUCUGCUUCAUGACCACGGCUCUUUUUGGCUAUGAGGAAGAAUUGAUGUGUACGAUGUCCAGCGUAGACCUGCAGGGUCACAUACCUCCACUUCUGUGACGUUACUACACCCGAGGAGUUAGAGGCCUCUUCCUCGUUGUACUUCCAUCCCAGGCCCACCAUGGGAGGAUGCUUCUCCAAACCCAAACCAGUUGAAGUCAAAGUGGAACUAUCUCUGAUGGAAAAGGAAAAAGAGGUGGACGGCCUGUCACCUAAUGGCAAGGCGAGUCCCUUUGCGGACUGCAGGCCAAAUGGGGCCCUGGGGCACAGCUCGGACGACGACUCCACCCCUCUCCAAGCGUACCACAAAUCACGAGACUACGUGGAGGCCUCCGUCUGCCAUGUCAAAGAUCUGGAAAAUGGACAGAUGCGAGAAGUUGACUUGGGAAGCGGCAGAGCCUUGUUGAUUAAAGAACACGGCGAGUUUUCAGCAUUGGGCCACAAGUGUCCACACUACGGCGCACCUCUGGUCAAAGGUGUGCUGUCAAAGGGACACGUGCGUUGUCCCUGGCACGGCGCAUGUUUUAACAUUGCAACAGGCGAUAUAGAGGACUUCCCCGGUCUGGACUGCCUGCCCACCUUCCAGGUCAGAGUUGAAAAGGACAAGGUCAUCAUCCGGGCAAACAAGCAGGCUCUUCAGUCACAGAAAAGGUCAAAGGCCAUGGCCCGAUGUUCAGCAGUCAUUAACUCGAACACAUGCUUCACUCAUGUUCUAAUUAUUGGAUCAGGUCCAGCAGGUCUGGUGUGUGCGGAGACGCUGAGGCAAGAGGGCUUCACGGACCGCAUCGUCAUGUGCACCAUGGACAGACAUCCUCCUUAUGACAGGCCUAAACUGAGUAAGUCCCUAGAUAGCACAGCGGAACAGCUGAGGUUACGUUCCAUGGACUUUCUGCAGGACCAUGACAUAGAACUGCUCACAGAAAAGGAGGUGGUGGCAUUAGAUGUGAAGAUGCGCUGUGUGACCUUUGAGGACGGACUGAGGAUGGAAUACAGAAAACUCUUCAUCGCCACAGGAAACAAGCCCAAAGCUCUGAACUACAAUGGCAAAGAUGUCAGGAAUGUGUUUCAUGUUCGGACACCUGAGGACGCUAACAGCAUAGCCAGGCUGGCCAACAACAAAAACGCUGUGAUUGUAGGAACUUCUUUUGUUGGUAUGGAGGUGGCUGCAGCUCUGACGGACAAGGCCCACUCCGUCUCCAUCAUUGGGGUCGAGACAGUCCCGUUUAAAAAAGCUCUAGGGGAGAAAGUAGGGAAAGCCAUAAUGAAGCUCUUUGAAGUUAACAGAGUGAAGUUCUACAUGCUGAAUGAGGUGUCAGAGAUGAUUGGCCAUCAUGGACAGCUAAAGGAGGUGGUACUGAAGAGUGGCAAAGUCCUGCGAGCAGAUGUGUGCGUAGUUGGAGCAGGAUGUGUUCCUGCAACAAGUUUCUUGAAACAGAGCGGCGUUCACAUGGACUCAAAGGGCUUCAUCACUGUAAACAAGAUGAUGCAGACAAAUGUGGACAGUAUCUUUGCUGGGGGAGAUGUGGUGACCUUUCCUUUUCCACCGCGCAACAACAAGAAGGUCAACAUCCCUCACUGGCAAAUGGCCCAUGUGCACGGAAGAGUAGCAGCUCUCAGCAUGAUGGGCAGAGUCACUGAGAUGAAAACGGUGCCUUACUUCUGGUCGGCCAUGUUUGGAAAGACCAUACGAUAUGCUGGUUAUGGUGAGGGAUUUGAUGAUGUCAUCAUCCAAGGCGACCUGGAUGAACUGAGAUUUGUCGCAUUUUACACCAGGGGAGAGGAGGUGGUUGCGGUCGCCAGCAUGAACUAUGAUCCCAUUGUGUCCCGAGUGGUGGAGGUCUUAGGAUCCGGAAAGACGAUUAAGAAACGAGAUGUGGAGACUGGUGACAUUUCCUGGUUGAUUGACAAGGGCUCCCAAUGACUUCACAUGUGCAGAGACCAGACGUGCACUCGACGUUUGGACACUAAAUGGUGCUGACACACAGGGCAGCUAUCCCGGUCCGUGGACUUUGACUGUUCAAGACACUAAAACAUGUCGCUGACUGACUCUCUGACGUGAGAGAGCUUAGUCAGCAGGAUGUUUUUGACCCAGGUUGUCAUGUUUCAAGACAAUAGAGGAUUCAGCUUCAAGAUCCCAUUUACAUGUUGCCACGGAUGGGCCUUGAUUCUUUUUUAUUAAUAAUACUGUAUAUAGCUUUAAUCCUGAAUGCACUGUAACUUAAUAGAAACAUAUUAUUUGAGAAGAUCCUUUUUUAUAUAGUGGAAUGAUGGCGUUCUUGUAUGGGGGUUAAUUUGUCUCUUUAUUACCAAAGCUUUUUUUGACAAUGAAUUUAUGUCACCGAAUUUUUUGCGUUUGUGUGAACUUCAUUUUUUUGUGCAUCUAAUUAUGCUGACAAUUUCAUUGAAUAAAAAUGUGUGAGCAAAAUGUGUAUUUAAAAAUUCAGUGUGUUAAAAUACAGCAUUUAAAAAUUCAGUCUAUAUAAAUUUAAAAUUUAGUGCAAAAAGAUUCAGUACAGGAAUAUUUGUUGCUUCAAAAUUCAAGACUCACUUCCGGUAAAUUAAGACUGAAGCAAUCGAUGUCGUAUCAGAACCAGCCAAUGAGGUGCCCAGGUAGUUGUUCACAUAGUGUGUAGAGCUGCAUAAACUUCUUUGCCUUCGCAAGACCCGUGUCACAUGACUGCAAAUUUGACACCUCAUUGGCUGGUUCUAAUACACGACCGAUUGCUUCAAUUUUUAUUUAUUGGAAGUGGGUCAUGAAUUUUGAAUAUUUCUGCACUGAAAUUUUAUAAACACUGUAUUUCUACAAAAUUUAUUUUUAAACACUCACAUUUUUUAUUCAAUUGAAUACUCAAUGCAAUAUUUGAAGAGAAGGAUGUAAAAAAAAAAAUCAGUUCACAAAAUUCGAUGCAUAAAAUUCAGUUACAUACAGUUCAUUCAGUGUCAAAAAAAGCGUUGGUAAUAAAGACACAAAUUAACCUCCAUAUUUUUGUAUAAAGGCCUUAUAUUUGCAUGACACAUCUUUGUUUUUGCCUAGAAAUGCUCACAAGACACUUUAUUAAGUACACAUGCGUCCAAUAAAAGAUGGCAAAAAUAGCAGUGAAUCUCUAUGCAGGUGUACCUAAUGUUGUGGCUUAUGAGUGUAUGUCAAACACACACACACAUGCAGCUUUAAAGUGUACUAAAUAACCUUUAAACAUUUAAAUAUACCUCUUUUUAUUGGCCGUCUUGCUAGUAGUUUGCACAAAUCAAGUUUGAUUCCUUUGAUUCCAUAUUAAUGCUUGCCUUCAACAUCAACACAAAAUGAUGACAUAAUUAAUGAUGCCAAUUGCUGAUAGCUGUCUCCUCCAUGGGGAUGUUUUUGUUACUAACUCAGGGAACUGAGGUUCGUAGCCUGCAUGGUUACCCUGUACUUCUCAAAAAGAAAGGAAUGUCUUGCUUUAAUAUAUAUUUUUAUCAAAUUACUACUUCUUGGGUUCUGUCUGUAUAAACUAGAGGCAUUGGUGAUGAACGAUACUCAAGUGUUCUUUCUACAAAGCCGGAGGGCUUUUUUAACUACAACUUUGAAAUAAAAUUAUUCUGCUUCACCAAACACUUCAUUAUUCUGUACUAAUGAUCACUGAUAAGCAAAACACAGGAAAGAAAAGGUUGGUAGAAAAUAUUUAAUGAAUUUCACAGACGUAACAAAGUUCAUGUUUGACAUUUUUCAUUUUGAGGCAGUAAAAUAUUCCUAUACAUAUGAGUUUCAUAAAAUAAAAAUAUUGUUACAAAUAUUUUCAUAACUCAGCCCAACCCAACUAAGACCACACACAAUACAAAUGAUUAUUAUAUAUUAUUUAAUGUAAAAAAAUAUUGUUUAAUGUAUCAUUUUUUUAAAACCAGUGUUAUCUGUGCCACUCAAAUAUUUGUACCUCUUUUAUUUAUUUUUAGAUUUUUUUCCUAGUUUCCAAACACUGAAAUAGCCACAGCUUUUGACUCGCAUCUCAUGUUCCAGUUAAAAAAAUGGUGUCCGUUUGGAGCAAAAGUUUAUUUUUCCAGUAAUAAAUACCUUACCAUAGAAUAAGCUCAUAAGAUAAAACAAUAUUGCUGAUUUUCACAACAAAACUGCAUCGUUAACUACGGGGCUGUUUCACUACUACAUGAUAAAAACUAACCACUGGGGACAAAAUAAGAUACAUCCGCACAAUGUAAUGAGACCCAGCACAUGAAUCCACAGUCAAUUAAAUUGAGAAAUAUAUAUAUAUAUACACACACACACACGCACACGCACACACACACACACACACACACACACACACAC